CUGGAGUGUUCCGGCAUGGAUCGAGUGUUGGGACAACUGUCGGAAAAUGGAUAUUUUAACAGCACCUUUCAUUGGCUGAUGUUCGGGGGACGAAGCUUUGAGCAAGCGUCCUGUUUACUGUCCAAACAAAACAUUAACUACGACACUUCGAUCACGCUGGUGUUUGACGAGUACAAUCCCCAGAACAUUACACGUUACGAAGUGUACGAAGUUACGGGAACUGUAAAGCGUCGUGGAGGCAGGGUCAAUUUCGAGCUGCUGGGAAUUGUUCCUUCGUUGAUGGAUCUUCCCAAACGAGCUGCUCUGCAACGUGACUUGGAGGGUAUUGAACUGCGGACAGCACUAACGACCGUUAAUCAACAUCAGCCCCGACCAUUUAUCGAGAAGCUCAAUUCGGCUAGGAGGCCCAAAUCUUACAGUGCUACCACGCACUGCUACCAGAUGGUUAAACUUCUUCAAAUGAAGUUAAAAUUCAAGCUUACCAUGAUUCUUGCCAGCGACUGGCGCUUCGAUCUGAUCGGUCAAAACUCUUCGCAUGGUGUCGUUGGGCAGCUGCAGGCUAACCACGUCGAUUUUGGAAUAACACCAUUUGCAAUGGCACCGGAGCGCUUCCCGAUUUGUGAAUUUACCAUCGAGAUUGCUCAUGGAACCUUCUACACCGUGUUCCGGCAUCCGAAAAGUUUGAACAACAACAAUAUUUUCCUGCUUCCGUUCGAGACGCUGCUUUGGAUCAUGAUCGGUAUCAUAUUCUGUGCAGUCGCACUUAUCCAAGCGAUAUCGAUCGUGUGCAACCAACAGCCAGCUUCUGUACGGUCCUGCAUCGAUAGUCUCGUCGACCAGUCACUGCUGGGUACGCUGGGUGUAUUGUGCCAGCAGGGACUGCACCACCGCAUCAUAGGGAUAGACUCGAACAAGAUACUCAUACUGGUUGCGAUGGCAUUUUCCAUGUUAAUGCUACAGUUUUAUUCCACCUUUAUCGUAAGUUAUCAGCUCAUCACUCCACCGAAGACGAUAAACACGCUGGAGAAGCUUUUGGACAGUAACAUUAAGAUGGCGGUUGAGAAUUUAAGCUAUCAGUACGAUUUCUUUCGCCGUACCAAAGACCCGACGGCACUUAAACUCUACGAAUCGAAGAUUCUCCCCAACAAGUACGGGUUCGUUAACUUAUCGUUCGGCAUACAACUGGUCAAACGUGGAGGCUACGCAUUCCACUGUGAGACUUCUUACGGCAAUACACUUAUCAUAGAAACCUUUACCGAGCGGGAAAUUUGUGAACUGCAGCAGGUGGAGCUGUAUCCACAACGUCCGGUGCAUCUGCCGAUGGUUAAGGGCAGUCCGUUGCGAGAACUGUUCAAGGUUAAUUUGCAACUGCUGAAGGAACGCGGACUGAUGGCGUACCAUCAUUCGCGUAACUACAUCCCCAGGCCAAAGUGUAACAAGCACAGUAACAAUCACGCCGAACAGAUCUAUCUUACCGAUAUGAGGUUCGCCUUUCUACUGCUGGCCGUUGGUAUGGCUGCGAGUGUUGCGAUGCUAUCGUGGGAGCUGGCAUUCGAACGUCUUCAGCACUGGUGGCGUCGCUACCAAACACGGACCCACAUAAUUCCGGACGGGUUUGUGUGGCUUAAUUAA